CUUCCACGUUCAGGCUUCAAAUUCCCGCGGCGUGACGUUGUGCUCCAAGAUAUCCUCGUCUACACCAAGAAUUCGAUAAAGCUGAUGGAGCUUUGAUCAACGCAGCUGGAAACAAGCACUGACCGAACCACGGGCCGUACCCACAGAAGUCCCAGUCGGAAGGCUUGAUCGAUACCCGUGCGCUUGUUCUGUAGAUCAUCGAUUGAUCCAUCCUUUGAUCUUGGCCUUUUCGGAUUCGAAAAUUCUCAGGUUGACUCUCCGAGUCUCGAUGCAGAAUAGCGCCAUCACUGCACAAGCCGAAAAGCCGUGCCACAACUGUCGUCGACGCCGGCUCAAAUGUGAUCGCCGCUUUCCCGCUUGUACAAAGUGUAUCCGGACGGGGCAAGCAUGUUUGGGAUAUGGGAAGCUAUUCCUCUGGAAUCAAGGCGUUGCGAGUCGGGGGAAGAUGAUGGGGAAAACGUUUCCUACUCAGCCCGUGGGCCAGAAUAUUGUUGCUGAUCUAAAACUUGUGAACCAUGUCGCAACGACACACCUUCACGCAUCUCUAGUGGAUCCUGUCUUUGGAGACAUGGGGUAUACAUCUCGACAGUAUCUCUCCCACUUCGCCAACACUCUCAGCUCAGAUAUGGUGAUAUCCUCGACCACCACAGGAAACCCAUUCUACACCUUGAUCCCAGUGGCGCGGGACCACCCGAUCCUCCUGCAUGCCAUGGUAGCGGCUGCGGCGAUCCACGUAUCAUGUCUGCAACAGCGCAGCAACGGCACGUUCGACCUCGACUCGUUUCAUCCACCACCGCGACAACGACAGCCACAAUGGCGCCCGGGACAGAGUAUCAGCAUGUCCAACCCGUUAGGUCAAAGCGUAGUAGACGCUCUAUGUGCGAAACAUAAGGCCAUCGUUCUCCUCCGGCACGCUCUGGGAAGCAUCCGCACCAACGCUACCAAUAAUGUAAGCGAGGCCGAUGUCGACAUGGACCUUAUCAUAACGGUAAUCCACCUCUUCAUCACCUUUGACCUCAUUGAUGUCGGCGAGUGCCAAUGGAGAGCGCAUGUACAGGGCGCGAUUCGGUUGAUUGGCUGUUUGCAGUCCCUCCAGGGGAGUCGAACCCCAUCUCCGUUGGCAGCGAUUCGUGAUUCGAUCAUGUCGGAUUGUUUGACGUACUACAUCCUCAACUCGACCCUCCUCACCAGACCAACCCUUGAAAACCCAUUCCUUCUCCCCGCCCAAAACUGCACCUCCGGCUCCAUCAUCGCCGCCGUCACCCGCGCCGAAACAAACAGUUACCUCUCCCUCCCAACGCCGCUCCUGCAGAUCCUCUUCCAGGCCUGCGAGCUGUCGAAUACCGUCACCACCCUCCUCCAGAAGCAAGGACCGCUCGUAUCCGAAGCGGACUAUCUAUCCAUUCUCGCAACUGCACAAUCCCUCAUCGAGCAAGUGAGCUCAUUCGACGUGAUUUCCUGGGCAGCGGGCCUCGAGUGUUCGUCCGCAGAACGACGCCAAAGUCGCAUCCACACGGCGCUUGCGCACCAGGCUGCGUUGCAGAUUUACAUUCUCCGCUCUGUCGAUGGCCACGGACUCCCUCCUCCCGUGUCAUCAUUCUCCUCGACCGCUAACAAUACCGACCCCACUGACCUUCCACCAAACCCCCGCAGGGAAAACACCUUCAACGGAGACCCUUCCCCUUCCUCCCUCGUGCACACAGUAGUAUCCCACCUCUCACACGUCGGGGUCUCCGACCCGCUGUUCAAAGCAACCUGCUGGCCAACCUUCAUCGCGGGCGCCGAGACGGAUGACCCAGUUUACCGCGAGUGGGCGGUUGAGAGGCUCAGGCAGUUCUGGGCGUUGAUUCCCUGGGGGUAUAUUCGCACUGCGGUGGGGGUUAUGAGGAUGUCGUGGGCUGUGAGGGAUACUGGUGCGGAUGGGGAUGCGCAUGUGGAUGCGGGAGGGAAAGGGAGAGGGUGGAUUCAGGGCCUGAAGGCGCUUGAGAGGGAUUGGCUUAUGGCUUGAUCUCGGUUUUAUGAUUGGGACAUAGUGGCUAGUGGCCAGCUACGAAUCACGAACGAGAAAUGUGGUGGUCGAGAUCAUUUUGAAUAUAUAUAUAUGUACCUUGAGAUCGAGUUAUGUACAGAUGAUAACCAGCAUCAUGCACCAUGUACAACCACAACCACAUCACCUCAAUCCUCCCCCUCAAUGCUCUCACAUCAUUACAAACCCUCAUUACAUCAUGGUCGUCUAGAUGCCAGUAACAGACUCAAUAAAAUCCCGGAAAUACGCCGGGCUCGAGUAAACACCAGGAUACCCCGGACGCGCACAGCCAUUGCCCCACGAGGUAAUCCCCACAAGGACACCGUCGGCAACAAGCGGACCACCGCUGUCCCCCUGGCACGCAUCCUUGCCGCUCUCCCCAGCACAGACCAUGCUGUCCGUGAUCUCGUUGAACCCCUGAUAGUCGCUCGCGCACUGCGACUUGCUGACGAUGGGGACCUCGACGUACUGCAGGGUCUCGGAGACGCUGCCGCCCUCCUGCAGGGCUCCCCAGCCCGUCGCGAUGGCGGUUGUUCUGGCUGUUGGGAGGGCAGAUGAGGUGGGGAGGUCGACGGCUUGGAUCCCCGGGCCAAAGGUUAGGUCCUCGGCGAGCGUAAGGAUGGAGAUAUCGUUAUUCGUCGUCGCGGCGUCGUAGUCGGGAUGCUGCGCGAUCGAGGAGACGCGGACGACGGUGCCGCCGCCGGAGGAAGAAGAGGACCCCGCGCGGAUGCUGAGGCUGCUGGCGGAGGAGCCGUCGGUGCAGUGGCCGGCUGUGACGACGUACUGGUUGCUGAUGAUGCUGCCGCCGCAGAUGAGGCGGCCGUUGGAGAGCAGCUGGAUUUGAUAGGGGUAUUCCUCGAUGGAGGCUUCGUCGCCGCCGACAAUGGCUUCUUCGGCGAAGGCGCGGAGGGCCGAGAGGAGGGAGAUGAAGGCGAUGGAGUACUUCAUCGUGGCGGUGGCUUUACUGAGUUGGUGGGAAGAGAUGGGAGAGAGGGGAGAUGGGAGGGUGUGGCAGGCGCUGUGCUGUGGUCGGAUGAGAAGAGGAUAAAGAGGAGAAUCUUUGUCUUUAUAUCCUUUGAGAGAGCAUCGCCAUCGCGACUCCACGGGGCGCAAUGGAGCAAUGGAGCAAUGGAGCUGCGACUCAAGUCUCAGGGCGUUACAGCUG